UUAUUCUAUUUCUUUAUGCAACGGUCAGACAUUGAAAGGUCGCAGUCUGACAGAUUAAAAAUCCACUACAUUGCCUUGUAAAAAUCAGCCUACCUUAAUACAUUCUUCUAGCUUCGUUUACGCUCCUGUUUCUCGGAUCUGGUAAUUGCAGUAAACUUUGUAAGGUAUUUGUUUUUGUUUUCAAAUAUUAUAGCAUUCAGGGUGUUUGAUUUUAUAAUACUUGAGCAAGAAUGGAUGGGUGGAAUACAAGCAACAUGGAGUACGGCAAAUUCUACCCAGAAGACACCCCUUCAUCACAUGCGGCAUAUACUCUAGAGCUGGAAGCUGAAGUAACACAACUCAAAGAAGAGAACAUGGAACUGCGGGGAAAACAGGCUUUUGCAGAGUUUGAGAAGAAUAAAGCAUCAGAAAGCACUGAAAACUAUAACGUAUUCAAUGUGAAAAUAGAUCCAGCACAAAAGCAGGAGGGCACACUGAAAGACUCUGAAUCUGAAUACAACAUAUUCAAUGUCAAAAAAGAUCAAUCUCAACAGCAGGACCACAAACGUGGAGGUUCUAAGUUGAGUAACGUUGAAAAUUAUAACAUAUUCAAUGUCAAGAUAGAUCCAGCGCAAAAACAAGAGGACAAAUCAAGAGCUUUUCUCUUUGCAAACACUGAAAACUACGAUGUUUUUAAUGUCAAAAGAGAGCCAGGCUAUAAGGAGUCCCAAUCAAAAUCUCGUUACACUUGAAAUUUAAGUUCACAUGGUAUAUGAGUUGCAUAGUGUUAUAGUUGGUUCUUUUUAACUAGCACAGUGAUAUUCAACGCUACUCGAACAUUAAGGAAGCAGAAGAUGAAAGGAGUCUCAACAUGUAAUAUUCACGAGUAAUUUGAGACUUCUUGGGAAGCUCGUAGUUAUUUUCAAAAUAUUUAAGAUUUAUGUAAAUCUUGUGAUAGGACAUUGAAAUUAAUGUUACUGAAAUGUUGAUGUUUUUUUUUAUUGAAGCAAAGCAAAAAAAAGUUACAGAAAUAA